AUGCCAGUAACCUUCAAAGACAGUUACACCGUGAGGCCGAUGGACCCAACAUGGUGUGGUCGCAUACCUUUAUCCGAAUGGGAUCAAAUAGGCACCAUAACUCACGUGCCCACAAUCUACUUCUACCGUCCCCCACAAAACUGGCUCACCCCACACACCACCAUUCCCACCACUUUGAAAGACUCGUUAAGCCGAGUCCUGGUGCCGUUUUAUCCACUAGCCGGUCGUUUACACUGGAUAGGCAACGGUCGUUUAGAGCUCCAUUGUAACGCCAUGGGUGUUCAAUUCAUUGAAGCCGAGUCCUCAUCAACUCUAAAUGAUCUCGGUGACUUUUCACCCUCUUCAGAGUACCAUUACCUUGUCCCUAGCCUAGACUACACUCUCCCAAUUCACGAGUUGCCCUUGGUUCUCAUUCAGCUUACCAGAUUCAAGUGUGGUGGCAUUAGCAUAAGUUCAAUAAUUUCACAUGCGGUUGCGGAUGGACCAAGUGCAUUGCACUUCACUUGUGAGUGGACAAGGCUUGCACGCGGUGAGCCUCUGCAAACGGUGCCGUUUCUUGAUCGAAAAGUGUUCCGUGCUGGGGAGCCACCUUUGAUGCCACCACCGAAGUUUCAUGUUCACACGGAGUUCAAUCCCCCUCCCUUACUGCUUGGCCAAAACGAUAACAUAGAGGAGAGGAAGAAAAAGACCUCUGUGGCUGUGCUCAAACUAAGCAAAACCCAAGUUGAGACAUUGAAAAAAGAAGCAAAUGAGGGAUGGCAUAGGCCUAGUAAUGGUCGUGGUUAUACCCGUUAUGAAACGGUAACCGGUCACGUAUGGAGAAGUGCAUGCAUGGCAAGGGGGCACCAAAUGGAGCAACCAACAACGCUUGGUGUUUGUGUUGACUCGAGGAGUCGCAUGCAACCUCGUUUGCCAAAAGGGUAUUUUGGGAAUGCCACGUUGGAUGUGGUCGCUACUAGUGUUGCGGGUGAUUUGGUGUCAAAGCCACUGGGUUAUGCCGCAAGUAGAAUAAGGGAAGCGAUUGAGAAGGUGACGGAUGAGUACGUGAGGUCAGGGAUUGAGUUCUUGAAGAAGCAAGAGGAUUUGACUAGGUUUCAAGAUGUUCAUGCAAUAGGAAGUGAUAAUGGUCCUUUCUAUGGGAACCCCAAUUUGGGUGUGGUUAGUUGGUUAACGUUGCCUAUAUAUGGGCUUGAUUUUGGGUGGGGGAAGGAGGUUUAUAUGGGUCCUGGGACGCAUGAUUUUGAUGGAGAUUCUUUGCUUCUUCCUGGACCUGAUGGAGAUGGAUCUUUGCUUGUUGCUUUAUGUCUACAAGUAGCACACAUGGAUGAGUUUAAGAAGCAUUUUUACCAAGACAUAAUGUAA